AAAAAAAAAAAUGUGUCUGACUCAUCUAAUAAUCUCCCAGUUGUAAUUUUACACUAAAUAUUAAAGGGCUGUGGGACAUGUGUGCAUUCAAGUUUGAAGACCCUGAACUUCAUGAGCUGAUUCCUGCUUCCUCUGAGGGAUACAUCCCACAUCCUGACGUCAGCUGGAUGUGAAAGCUUUUCUCCCCACUCCAGCGUCCAGCUGACGCAUUCACUUAUCUGCUCCACACCAGGAAUUUGAGGUGCAGACAGGCCAUCGCGGCCCAGGGGUCAGCCCUCUCCCUGAGACUCACCUCCUGCUGUGAUGGCUCCCUCCAGCCCUCCUGCUCCUCUGCUCCACCUGCUGCUCUGUGCGCUGAUGGCCGACCUGCGUUUGGCUUACAUCACGCACGGCAACUUCAUGUACUACUCCAGGAGCCAGGACUCUCAGCCGUGCAGCAUGUCUUCGAUCUCCGACUGCAGAUGCAAGAACUUCCAGCUGUCCAGCGCCCACAGGCCCCUGUCUCAGUCCUCUCCCGCUUUCCAGGGGAAACAUUUGACCGUGUGGUUCUCGUCUCCCGCCACCGUAAUGCGUCUGCUGAACAACUCGGAGGUGAGGCACCUCACGCUCAUCCACUGCGGGCCUCCCGGGGAGCCCCGGGGGGCGGCCUCGUUCUCUCAGGAGGGUUACUUUGCGGUGCAGCACCUGGAGAGGCUGACGGUGGUGAACGUGCCCGAGAGGCCGUUUCACCCCUGCACCGACGCCAACUGCGCCAAGAGGGCAAACGCUCACCAGGACAGAGACAACAGCUUUGCAUUUGACUCAAACAAGCCCAACAAGGACAGAGACACCAACAUGGACCUCGUUGCCGAGACAAUGAGAGGCUCUUUGAGAGCGUCCUCGCCUCAGAUCCAGGACAUCUUUCUGGGCCGGGAGCGUGGAGCGGCGCAUCACGAACAGGCCCGACUGGGAAUCAUCCACAGCUCGGUGCUGGACUGGGGGGCAGAGAUCAAAACGUACACGGUGCUAACACACAUAGACAGUCACGGGACGCUGCCUUUCCCCGACCUUCACCUGGCAAAAUUACCAGAGGCGUCGGUCAUCUAUGUCAGCUUUGUGUACUGACAAAAUGCAUACUACGAACCACCGAUAACAUAACGCAGGCCUCUAUUCGGAUCCACACUGUGAAUAUUGUCCGUGGGUGGAUGGAAUCUGAUAUAAAAAGGUUGUUGGUUCACAUAUUGCUCUGUGUUUUUAGGUUCUCUAAUUCACAGGUGUCUGGCGUAAGAUAAUUCAAUACAUCACAAUUCGUAAGGUUUACAUUCAGACGAGUUAACAACCUGAGAGAAUCCAUUUUUUCAUGAGUGAGAUUUUUCAGCUGUAACCAACUGUUGCACAUUUGUACAAGGGUGUCAAAUAUGGGUUACAUUGUAACAAUAGUUGUGUUAUUUCUUCCCACUUUGUUGUCAGACAACAACUCUGUCAGACCAGACACUUUGAUUGCAAACUCACAAUGCAAACAAAGAAAAGCACCCAGAGCUCAGCACACCAGGACGCCGGGCGUCCUUUGUUUUCUGCUGUUUAUACUGAUCUGAUUGUGAGGUUUCAGUAUGAAGUGCUGCAUGGAGGCAGCUUCCUGUUUAUUUGUGCCCCUUGAUAACAAUUGGGAGCGACAGGGUCCUGCACUUGAUCAAUGUCUCGGUUUGGCACCCUUCACAGAGAAACAAAAGGAGAAGUCCAAACCAAAGAGGGCAGUCGGGAGAUUUUGUUGCAACAUAAACAUCUCCCAGUUCAUCUUUUAUGUUUCAAACCUGACCACUGCUUCCUUGUUUCUCAGCAGAGAUUCGAGGUUUGUUUGCAGCGAAGUGAGUCAAAUGUACUUCAGAGUCUGAGCCACAAGGUGGCAGCAGAUACGUUUGAGUAAAUUACAGCGACGAUGAAGAACAGAGGACUGAGAGAGUAAAGGUUUUUCUUUUCUUGUUUACAGUUAAUAUAAACCUGAAAUUUAACUCGAGUUGCGAUUGACGAUAAAGAGUCCUGCAUAUUUAUUUGUUGCAUUGCUAUGGAGACGUAUUAACAGUCCGUCAUCAGAGUCUGUUUAAAUUUCAUAAGCAAAAAAAUAAUAAAUGAUCUGUAUAACGUUAAUUUGUUGCCCAAAUUUCUUUUUUUUUUAAUUUCAAAGAUCAGUGUUGCAUUAUAAAUUUUAAAACGCAUAUUUGAUGCAAUAUUGUGGACAGUUAUGCAAGUUAUGUAAUUUCUGGAAUGUCUGAAAUAAUUGCUCUGCAUCACUGGUAUAGAAAUAACACGUUUAUAUGCAUCUCCAUUCAGACAUAUCCAUGUCAUUAAUUUUCAGCUGCAUGUCCAAAAGUCUUGCAAAAAAAAAAGGAUAUUAAUUUCAAUAAUUCAAUUCAAUUCAUAUGAUAUUUUUCUACUGAUUUUGCUCUUUCAAAAUUGAUUCUAAUUUCCAACUAAUUUACACACUGUUGUGAUAACAGGAUAAGUCAGAAUAAUAUGUUAGCCACUUCUGACUUUUGUUUGCCAAACAACAUACUUAUUUUUUCUUUUCAAAACAAUAAUUGUAGAGAAUCUCAGUGUUACGAUCCUUAACUAAGAAUGCUUUGAAUUAAAAAUGAUUAAGAUGUA